GAUUUCCAUCAGCACCCGAUACUGCUGAGAGUUGUUGACGGGGGGGGGGGGGAACAAUCGAUCGGCGUAUUGAGCACCCCUGCAUUCAAGCAUUAAAUAGCCGAGAGGUUUUUUCAGCGUGAGGAAUUCGAUGUGUGGCGGGAGUGCGUGAGAUAAGACCGAAAUGCGUGAGUCUCACGCUCAAUGCGUGAGACUUGAGAGCCCUGCCGCAGUAAGGAAACGAGGAAGUCCGGCGAGGAGGAUGGCGCUUGGGGGUCGAUUGUUGCACUUUCGGAGAAACGGGUUCAUGACUGCCUCCGUCCAAACGCUUGUCAGAUUCAAACAAACCUGUCCUGUUCAAGUGAGCCGUCUCGAUCAUUUGGUUCUUACAGUGAAAAGUGUGCCAGACACCAUCAACUUCUACACCUCGGUCCUUGGCAUGGAGGUCAUCACGUUCAAGGGAACCCGUAAGGCCCUGGGUUUUGGCCAGCAGAAGGUUAACCUUCACCAGCUGGGUCUGGAGUUUGAGCCCAAAGCCAAGCAUCCAACCGCAGGCUCCGCAGAUCUGUGCUUCAUCACCGAAACCCCCCUGGCUACAGUGGCUUCGCAUCUGAAGGUUUGUGGGGUCGAGAUCGAGGAGGGUCCAGUGGAAAGGAGCGGAGCUGUGGGAGCCAUCACCUCGCUCUACUUCAGAGAUCCGGACCACAAUCUCAUUGAACUGUCAAACUAUAACCAGACAACAUCAAACGGAACUUCUUAAGACUUCUUUUGUCUUGUUGGUUAAUGAACUCAACUCUCACAAAUUGGCUGUGUAGAGACACAGCCAAUUGAUGUUGUUCCUGUGUAGUUCUGCUGAACAGUGGUUGCUAUUAUAAUUAUUACAGAAAGGGCCGUUUUAGUGCUUUGAAUUCAGAACAGAAAGUGAAAAAUACAACACCUAAUGUACUUACUUUGUGAAAAGAAACACUUAUGAAUACCAUUGCUUUUUCAGCAGAAAAUAAAAUGUUCUUCCAUGAA